AUGGCGAAAGGAGAGGGGAGGAGCAAAGCAAGGUGUUUUGCAUAUGUUGCUGCCUUUGUUGUGUUCCAGACAGCAAUAAUCUUGGUGUUUGCUCUAACAGUGAUGCGUAUCAAAAGUCCUAAAGUAAGGUUUAAUGCUGUCCAUGUUGAGAGCUUGGGAAGUGGCAACACAACCUCAACAUCAUUCAACAUGAGAUUAACCACACAGUUCACUGUGAAGAACACGAAUUUUGGGCAUUUCAAAUACGAUAACAGCACUCUCACAAUCCUAUACGAUGGCAUGCCGGUUGGUGAUGCUGUUAUUCCCAAGGGACGGGCCAAGGCUCGAAAGACACAGAAGUUUACUGUCACCAUUGACAUCAGUUCUGAUCGGCUACCGAGCAGUGGGAACCUUGGCAAUGAUAUGAACACGGGGGUGUUGAUGCUGAGCAGCCAGGCUAAGUUGAAAGGAAAGGUGGAGUUGAUGAAGGUGAUGAAGAGAAAAAAGUCUGGUGAAAUGAGCUGCACCAUGGGCAUAAAUAUAGGAACACGAGCUGUUCAAGAUUUGAAGUGCAAGUGA